AUGGCUCCCGAGAAGACCGGCACUCCGUCGCUCAAACGUCCCUCGCCAGAUUCCGACCACCUACCUACUAUUCCAGCAAAGAAACAGAAGAUCGAAUACCAUCGCGUGCAUCGACUGCAGUCACCUUUGAACGUUCAAUCCCUUGACUCUGCAGUGAUUGCCGAUGACGCGUCUGUGGACCAGCUGCUGAAUAUGGCAAUUAGCAUCUCACUACGAGAAGCGGGUUUCGAUCACGCGGAGCCCGUUGCCUUGGACAGUUUUCGAGACGGAGUUGAAGAAUACCUGCUCCGAUUCCUAUCUUAUAUCCGCGCAUCCAUGGCGUCAUGCCGCAGAACCCAGCCCAUUCCCUGCGAUUUUGAACACGCGCUUCACCAACAAGCCAUCUCGUUGGAUUCACUUCGCCCAUACCUCAGGACGCUUCACAAGACUAAACAGCCACCGGUCAUCCUCUCGACGCCUCCUCCAGAUGAGCCCGUCCCGCAAACAUAUUUACCGUUCCUAGGGCCGCAGCUGAGUGCCAGCGACGACAAACAGAAGUAUUCAUACAUUCCAAAACAAUUCCCCAGACUCCCAAGCAGGCAUACCUACCAGCGUACCGCCGUUUACACGGAGCGAGAAACGGAUCCGAGGAAGGUGAGAGAGCAAGCGACAGAGGAAGGACGGCUAGGAGAAGAAGCACUAAGGAAGUUGACGCGUGCGGCAAAGGAAUCCCGCUUGACGGGAGAAGAAAUGACAGAGAAGAGGCUGUGGGGAAGGGAGACGGAAAGUAUGCAAUCAAUGUUUGAAAAAACGCUAGCAGCAACGCUCCAGCGGCAGGCAGAGGAAGGGAGAAAGCACAAGGAGAUGAAAACCCACGCGGAUGCCGCAGCAGCCGUAAUAGAUUUUGACUCUGCAGAGCCCGUGAAACAAAAAACGCCGGAUCUCCUGGGCAUCAACCCUCAAAAACUUGAAUUUGGACCAGUUGUGAAUUGUGAACGGGUAUAUUGGCGUAAAUUCACGGUAUCCGGGACGCGAAGGGCUGAGCAGCAGAAAGACACGUCGGCGAAGCCGGCAAGGGAAGGCGGUAAUAACUAA